UAACUCACAUCCGAGGCUGGGCGAGGAAUCCGGAGGGGAGAUUUUCCCCAUGCUCACCGUUGUUGGAAACUGGCGGAGCGCGAGCCAGGAGCCAGGGGGUUCGUGGCGCUGUCUACCUACGACCAGCCUGCCCAGGCACCUCGAUUUACAUCUUUUCUUCGUGGUGAUUGAGAACUGCAGGUUCAAUCCGAUCCCACUGAGCACCGGCGAUUGAUUAUUUAACAAAAAAAAAAAAAAAAAAAAAAAAAAUCGACACAGAGAAGGGAGGCUGUGUCUUCGGCUGUCAGACUCGGAGGUGGUAUCGGUGUGUGUGUGUGCUCGUGGUGGUUUUUUCUUUUCCUUUUCUUUUUUUUUCUCCCCUUUUUUCUUUCUUUCUUUCCUUUUUUCCCUCUUCUCUCCUAGGGACAACACAAUGGCAGUCUUCUCUCAGUGAGACGAAUCCUGCUUAGCCUCCUGCAGACUCACUCAUCCUCAUAGCGAUCAAGUAAAAAGGCUAUGAUUUUCUCUUCGGGGAUCUUUUGUGCAUUCCUGUUCUCCUUGAUUAACUCUGCUCUCAGUUGGGAUUUCUUUGCUUUUUUGUUUGUCUUCACGCUGAAAAAGGAUUUUUUGGCCAACCCUUUGGUAAUAAUCCAGUGGUGAUCAAGGGGGAUAAAAUCGUUCACCCUGGCCGAAAAAAAACAAUCACUGAGAAGUCUCAAAGAAAUACACCACGUGAGGGGAAAAAACUGGGAGAAGAUCCGGAAUAUCAUCGUUUUUCCUAUGGUAAAACCGGUGCCCCUCUUCAGGAGAACUGAUUUCAAAUUAUUAUUAUGCAACCACAAGGAUCUCUUCUUUCUCAGGGUGUCUAAGCUGCUGGAUUGCUUUUCGCCCAAAUCAAUGUGGUUUCUUUGGAACAUUUUCAGCAAAGGAACGCAUAUGCUGCAGUGUCUUUGUGGCAAGAGUCUUAAGAAAAACAAGAACCCAACUGAUCCCCAGCUCAAGGGUAUAGUGACCAGGUUAUAUUGCAGGCAAGGCUACUACUUGCAAAUGCACCCCGAUGGAGCUCUCGACGGGACCAAGGACGACAGCACUAAUUCUACACUGUUCAACCUCAUCCCAGUGGGACUGCGCGUCGUUGCAAUCCAGGGAGUGAAGACGGGGUUGUACGUAGCCAUGAAUGGAGAAGGUUACCUCUACCCAUCAGAACUUUUUACCCCUGAGUGCAAGUUUAAAGAAUCUGUUUUUGAAAACUAUUAUGUAAUCUACUCAUCUAUGCUGUACAGACAACAGGAAUCUGGCAGAGCCUGGUUUUUGGGAUUGAAUAAAGAAGGGCAAGUUAUGAAAGGAAACAGAGUAAAGAAAACCAAACCAGCAGCUCAUUUUCUACCCAAGCCAUUGGAAGUUGCCAUGUACCGAGAACCAUCUUUGCAUGACGUCGGAGAAACGGUCCCGAAGGCCGGGGUGACGCCGAGUAAAAGCACGAGCGCGUCGGCCAUCAUGAAUGGAGGCAAGCCAGUCAACAAAAGUAAGACGACAUAGCCAGACCCUCACAGGUGUUGUGACUGAGUCGCCCCCCGAGCGCUGUUGAGCCAUUUAUCCCGGCCAGACCCUCCCGCUCCCUCCGCGGGCCCCGGAGCCGCUGGGGGUAGGCUGCUCCCCACUGGCCCGAACUCCUUGGUUGCAAGUGGGAUAAAUCUCAACGCGUUGCGCCCCCCCACAAGAAGAAGACACCUGGACAACCAGCUCAACUCAGACCAUGGAAUGCCCUACCAGAUAUGGAAUGCCUUUUUAAUAUCUUUUCUGUGACUGUGACACUUCAUGUGAAUGACCUCCUUCACCAGUCCACUCGACACCUUGCCUGCUGACAGCUACCCAUAUUCCUUUUUGAGUCCCGUUUCGGCGAAAUCCAUGUGUUUCAGUUCGAUUUUUGUAGCACACAGAUAUUCUUGAGUAAAUUUCUAGUUAGAUGCUGUAAACCUGUGCUAUUCUGGAGUUCUCUUCUUCCCCUUUAUUUUUUCUAGGGCUGCUGGCUCUACUGUCUGUGACCUUUUGUAGGGAUGGUGUUCCUCUCAAUCUUAACUGUUGCGGUUGGCUUAGUUGGGACAGCAAUCAGGGAAACAGAAAGCCUUCUAAAUCUAUUAUGACAAAUUGCAUCUGUAAAGAGUAGGACUGUGGUCUCCGGCUCACACAACUGAUGAAACACACAUAUACGCCCCGUCCAGUAGCAGAUACUGUGCUCCCGAGGCCCGCGUGGCCGGGCUGAGAAACGGGGUCAAACGCAGACAUGGGAAGCGCUCUAUGAUCUGGGUUUGACAUCCCCCUUAGUUUCUUUGUGUGUGUGUGUGUGUGUGUGUUUUAUACAUAUCACAAGCUUACUGGUAAUGGUAACAUUUGCCUUGCCCAGCGAGCAAGACCCACUGGUUUUUGAGAAAGUGGGUCAAAAGAACUCUGUAGGCCUUGUAGGCCUGAUUAAGGUUCAUUUUUCAUCUAUGAAUCCUCAUUAUUUGGGAACAAAAAAAGGAAAAAAAUAAUUAACAACCUACAAGAAUUGCGCUACCUAAAUCCAUCUCAGAUAGAGAAUCCUUCCUGUUUUUAAUGAACCAAACUUAACACCAUCCCCAAUUUGGGCUGCGUUCCACUCAUACUCGGCAGAGCAUGGGCAAGGCGGCUGUUGUGUUCUUUCCUGCAGCAGCAAUGCAAACGUUAGUUAUAAACUAGACUUUAAUAUUUUUGGUGUUUAAUGACAAGUUUUUAAACCGGACACAUUAGGUAAAAAAAAAAAAAAAAAGUAUUUUUUUUAGCUCAGCAUGCUGAGUCAGGUACUGUGUAUUUCACCGGUCCAUACCUCUGACUCAGCUUCUGGGGUCCACAUGGCCCAGCAGCUGAGUUAGUGGUGCCUUGCCAUGAUCUCAGAAUGCAGUCUGUUGAAUUAUUCUAGAUUAAAAAUAAAGGCAAACCAACACGUUCAAAUAUCAGGUUUUCAGUCCAUCCGAGAUAUAUAUAUAUGUUUUCUUGCUUUUGUUUGAUUUUGCUUUCUUAACUUCCUUUGGGAUUUCCAACUGCUGAAUUCUGAGGUUAGGGAGGACAGCGACGAGAAAGUCCGGGAAUAGUUGGCUCCACAGUGAAGAAACCAUGCAAAAUGUUCACUGUCGGAUCUAAAGAGUUUCAAAAUGUUUGAUACUAAACUGUUUGGAAAUAUAUUUGUUAACUCUGUGUAUACUUAAUAAAUUUCAAUGUUUUUCUCCUCUGAACAGUUAAUUGAGACCAAAUUGAACCUCAUUUAUAGAAAACUAUAUGUGGGAUCCAUGUACUGGCCUCUUGCUAUUUUCCAUGUGGAAGGAUGACCCAGUUGCCAUUUUCUCCCAUCCGCACUGUAUUUACUGGGAAAUUAUUUCGUCACUGCUUUCCUAAGUCUCCAUGACAGCCUUUGCCCAGCCUUUAAAAAUUUUGGCCUGCUUAGCUGAUUAAAGAUUUACUAUCAAUUUAA